UGACCAUCAAGGGAAAAAAACACACCUCUCCUUCCUCUUGCCCUUUCUUCUUCGAUGCUGAAUAAUAAUCCCUCUCUUCCUCUCUUUGCAGAAGAGAGGGGUUUCUUCCCUUCAAAAUAAACCCUAAACUUCCCUUUAGUUUCCUCUCCAUACCAUUCCUCUACACUCCCACCUCCUUCUUCUUUUGAGCAAAUCUUAAAUUACUCGCUUAAGGGUUUCUUUUUUCCAGUAAAAAACUAGAAAACGACGUAGUUUGUUCUGGAAAUCUAGGUUUUUCUUUCUUUUCCCUUUUUCUUCUUUGCUUGUUUGCAGGUUUUUGUAAAUAUGGAGCGAUCUGAUGGCAAGGAUUUCAAAGAAUUCACUGAAUCUUCUUCAGGUGCACUCUUUGACGCUUCACAGUACGAAUUUUUUGGUCAACAUGCUGUGGAAGAAGUGGAGUUGGGUGGUUUAGAAGAUGAGGGUGAGAAUCUUUUGCUCGGGCCCACCAAUGAUGAGUACCGUUUGUUUGAUAGAGAUGAAGGUGUAUGUUUAGGAUCUUUAUCUGAAAUUGAUGAUCUGGCAAGUACUUUUGCUAAGUUGAACCGAGUUGUAACUGGACCCAGGAAUCCAGGAGUUAUUGGUGACAGAGGAUCUGGAUCCUUUUCGAGGGAAAGCUCAUCUGCCACUGAUUGGGCACAAGAUGGAGAGUUUACGAGUUGGUUAGAUCAACAAAUGUUUAAUGCAGAAAAUUCUCAGGAUAGCAAGAGAUGGUCAUCACAGCCCCAACCUUCUUCUGCUUGUUUCUCAGAAUCAAAACCUUUGUACAGAACUUCCUCAUAUCCCCAGCAGCCACAACAGCUUCAGCACUUCUCAAGUGAACCAAUUCCUGUACCCAAAUCAAAUUUCACAUCUUUCCCUCCUCCUGGUUGUUCGCCACACCACCUUAAUGUUGCUUCUCGUGCUGGUGGACUGCAGUCACACUUGUCUGCCCCGAAUCUGUCUCCUUUGUCAAACUCUAAUCUUCAUCUGGCUGGUUUACAGCAUGGGUUACAUUAUGGUGGAAAUCUGGCCCAGAUCACGUCUCCUGGCCUUUCUUUUAAUAACAGGCCACAAAAACAUUGGGUUAAUCAUGCUGGCUUAUUACAUGUAGAUCAGUCUAGGCUCUUACAGAGUAUACUGCAACAACAAUUAUCACAUCAAAAUGGCCUAUUGUCUUCCCAAUUAAUGUCACCACAGCAGCAAUUGCAACAGCAGAGACUGCACCCUUCAGUUCAACCAUCUUUGGCUCAUUUUGCAGCAAUGCAAUCUCAACUCUUUAAUGCACAUCCUUCAUCAUUACAUAUCAGGGAACAAAAACAUAAAUCAUCCCAAAGAAACCGGCGCUUUUCACAAGGCUCUGACACUAGUAGUCAGAAAAGUGAUGGUGGCUGGGUGCAAUUCCGAUCCAAGCAUAUGACAGCUGAUGAAAUCGAGAGUAUUCUGAAAAUGCAGCAUGCUGCUACUCAUAGCAAUGACCCAUAUAUAGACGAUUACUACCACCAAGCUUCUCUUGCCAAAAGAUCUACUGGGUCGAGAACUAAAAACAAUUUCUGCCCGUCUCACUUGAAGGAGCUACCUUCUCGAUCUCGUAACAGUGCAGACCAGCAUUCUCAUCUCCAUUUUGAUGCUCUCGGGAAGAUGCCCCUCCCUUCCAUACGGAGGCCUCAUCCCCUUCUUGAAGUUGAUCCUCCUGGUUCUGGUGAUGGAAACUCUGAACAAAUGUCUGAGAGGCCUUUGGAACAGGAACCUAUGCUUGCAGCUAGAAUCACCAUUGAAGAUAGCCUGUCUCUUCUUCUUGAUGUAGAUGAUAUUGACCGUUUCCUGCAGUGUAAUCAGCCCCAAGAUGGUGGGGCUCAGCUCAGGCGUAGGCGGCAGAACUUGCUUGAAGGAUUGGCAGCGUCACUUCAGCUUGUUGACCCACUUGGCCAAACUGGCAAAACUGCUGGACUUGCCUCAAAGGAUGACAUUGUGUUCCUGCGGUUAGUAUCACUUCCCAAGGGUCGAAAGCUCAUCUGCAAGUUUCUUCAGCUUCUGUAUCCCGGGAGUGAACUCACCCGUGUUGUCUGCAUGGCUAUUUUCCGUCACUUGAGGUUUUUGUUUGGUGGCAUUCCCUCAGAUACGGGAGCAGCUGACACAACUACAAAUCUCACAAAGACAGUUUCUGCAUGUGUAAGUGGCAUGGAUCUUCAUGCAUUGAGUGCUUGCCUUGUAGCCAUAGUUUGUUCUUCAGAGCAGCCACCAUUUCGGCCUCUUGGUAGCCCUGCUGGGGAUGGAGCCACAGUUAUUUUGAAGUGUCUUCUUGAAAGAGCUAGUAAACUAUUACAUGGUCCCCAGGCUUCUGCCAACUGUGGUAUGCCCAAUUUUGCUCUCUGGCAGGCAUCAUUUGAUGAAUUUUUUGAUCUUCUUAUGAAGUACUGCCUGAUUAAAUAUGACACUAUACUGCAAUCAGUCUAUGCAAAGACACCACCUAGCGCAGAAGGUAUUGAUUCAGAGGUGCGUGCAGCAACAAAACGAGAAAUGCCUGUUGAGCUUUUAAGAGCUUGCCUUCCUCAUACGAAUGAACGCCAGAUGGAACUUUUAAGACAUUUUGGGCAGCAACGCAAUACCAUUACUGGCCUGAGUGCACAUCCAGGGAAUAGUGGUCACAUAAACUCUGAAUCAGUGAGGAGUUGACCGAGGAAAGAAUUAAAGAUAUUGCAACUGGAUGGCCAAUCUGUUUACAUCAAUCUCUCGGCAAAUUUGGACAUGGAAAUGGAACUAAUGUGGUUUGGAGCUUGGAAGUGGCAUAGAUUCACCUUUAUUGAGUCAGGUUUUUUAAGGGUUCAUCUUUAUCUUUCUAAUAGUUUCCUUCAAAGGAUUAUCCAGGACUCUCAUCUUGUUAAGACUUAUAGUCAUAUGCAUAAAUGUGUAUUAUGGUGGAAGGAAAAUAUACAUGGGAGAUGGUGACUGGGAAGUCUUUUUAUCUUUUUUAUUCUUCCAAGGAGCUUUAUUUUGGUGCUCUAAGUCGUAAUUCCUGGCAAAAGUUAAAGCUUAGGGGAUAGAUUGUACAGGAUAAACUCUCCCUUUUCUUUUGAUCCCGCCUGUCCAUUGGAAGUGAAGAGAGUUGUCAUGGUGUCCAGUGUUCAGGACCAUCAAGCGGGAUGCACUUGCUGGAGAAUGUUUCAGUCGGGCCUUACAUACAAAUUCUGUAAUGGGGUAUUCUGCUGUAACUGUAAUAAAUUGCGAAGGCAACGCAUAAGAAAUGUUCUGUUAGAUUAAGGGAACUGAAAGUCCUGAAUUAAAUGUAGUAAAUUUCUCUCGCA